CUCAGUAGGAACGGAAGAUACGACCUUGUACUUGGGGACCACUUUUAGGCACGUACCAAUUCCGGAAGUCGGUCGAAUACAGCGCGUUUUCGUUGUGUACAUGCGUAGCUUGCCGUCCGGCGGCACUUUACGCCCAUGCUGACAUAAACUAAGAGUCGUCAUUGUAGCUGUUUUGAGAUGGCCACCACUGAGAAAGAGACCCCAGCUAAGAAGGCUGCAGCGCCUUCUGUGUCCCAGAUAAAUGCUGAAUAUGUCACCCAGCUGGCUAAUAAAUACUGGGCUCCUCAUGCCAAGAAUAAACUUCCCUUUGACCCUAAGGUUAUGGAGGAUGUUUAUGAAAAAGAGAUUCUCAUGUCUAAAUUUGCCAUCAGAAAAAUUAUGCUGCUUGAGUUCAGCCAAUAUCUUGAGAACUACCUUUGGGUGAACUACACUGCGGAGGUAUCAAGCAAUGCCUACCUGAUGUCCAUUUGUUGCAUCGUCAAUGAGAAGUUCAGAGAGAAUGUCCCGGCUUGGGAGGUGUUCAAGAAGGAGCCAAACCAUUUCCCAUUCUUCUUCAAAUGUGUGAUGGAAGCUGUAUUGGCGGGCGAUGAAGCUGGCCUCACACUGAAAGAACAAACCGUUCUUUUGGUCUUCCUGGACCACUGCUUCAACAGUCUGGAGGUAGAUUUGAUCAGAGAGCAGGUGCAGCAGCUCAUCUCUCUGCCUAUGUGGAUGUGCCUCCUACCAUCCAGACUCCAACACGAGCUGAAGAAAGUUCCAAAACUGCAGAAGUUCUGGAAUCUAAUCAAGAAGAAAUUUGAUAAGCUGGAUCCUGAAGCAGCUGAGCAGGCCAAAAAAGAGAGGACCUUUCUCUCAGCUCUCAUUAAAAAGUUUCUUGGAGUUCUGGGAUCAAUUCCGCCAUCAGGGCCUGUAUCCAUGGACAAAGUGCACUACUGCGAGAGAUUCAUUGAGCUCAUGAUUGAUUUGGAGGCCCUGCUGCCCACCAGGCGUUGGUUCAACACCCUGCUGGAUGACUCUCACUUGGUGGUCAGCUGCCACCUGUCCAGCCUCGCCCACAGAGAGAAGGAGGGACACCUCUUCUGCCAGUUGUUGGACAUGCUGAAGUUCUACACAGGUUUUGAGAUCAAUGAUCAGACAGGAAACGCCCUGACAGAGAAGGAGAUGACCACUCUGCACUAUGACAGAAUCACCUCCCUGCAGAGGGCAGCAUUUGCUCAUUUCCCAGAGUUGCAAGACUUCUCUUUGUCCAGUGUAGCAGCAGUAGACACUCGUGAAUCCUUGACCAAACAGUUCGGGCAUCUCAGUCCCAAUACACUCCACCAGGUGGCCUCGUAUCUGUGUCUGCUGCCAGAGCUGCCGGAAGGGCAAGACACCCCCUUUGAGAAGGUGGUUCUCUUGGAGCUGCUGGUGUCGCGUCAUGAACGCAGAAUCUCUCAGAUUGAGCAACUUAACCAGAUGCCCCUUUAUCCAACAGAGAAGAUAAUCUGGGAUGAGAACAUCGUCCCGACAGAGUACUACUCAGGCGAAGGCUGUCUAGCACUACCCAAGCUGAAUCUCCAGUUCCUGACCCUGCACGACUACCUGUUGAGGAACUUCAACCUCUUUCGUCUGGAGUCCACGUAUGAGAUCAGACAGGACAUAGAAGAUGUCGUAUGGCGUAUGAAACCAUGGCAGUCAGAGUACGGUGGGGCCGUUUUUGGAGGCUGGGCCAGGAUGGCUCAGAUAAUCACUGCUUUCUCCAUAGUAGAGGUUGCUAAGCCCAAAAUUGGAGAGAGCUGGCCUGCCCGUGUGCGAGCUGACGUCACUGUUAAUCUCAAUGUGCAAGAUCACAUCAAGCAUGAGUGGGAAGGGCUGCGGAAGCAUGACGUUUGCUUUCUGAUCACGGUGCGGCCCAACCUGCCCUAUGGCACACGUUUCGACCGGCGCCAGCCAUUUGUGGAGCAGACUGGCCUGGUGUACGUGAGAGGCUGCGAGGUGCAGGGUAUGCUGGAUGACAAGGGGCGCGUCAUUGAAGAGGGACCUGACCCGAAGCCCAAGCUGCGAGGAGACGCCAGAACGUUCCGUGUAUGGCUGGAUCCAAACCAGUACCAACAGGACAUGACCAGCAGCAUUCAGAGUAACACCGAAGACCCAUACGAGACGUUCAACAUCAUCAUGAGACGCAAACCCAAGGAGAACAAUUUCAAGGCUGUACUUGAGACCAUCAGAAACCUGAUGAACACAGAGUGUGUUGUCCCUGACUGGCUUCACGACAUUAUCCUUGGCUAUGGCGACCAAGGCAGUGCCCACUACUCCAAAAUGCCUAACCAGAUCUCCACACUCGACUUCAAUGACACCUUUCUGUCUCUGGACCAUUUGCGUUCAUGUUUCCCUGGCUAUACCAUCAAGGUUACAGAGGACAACCCUGAACUGCAAGUCUUCCCCUUCAGAAUUAAGUUUCCCAUCUCAAACAAAGCAGACAAGGGGAAGAAGAGGAAGGCCGAUGAAGAAGUGGAGGACAAAGGGGAAGACAUGACCUUAAUCGUUGAGCCCUAUGUCACCCCAAACCGUGGACCGUAUCCCUACAACCAGCCCAAACGAAAUACAAUUCAAUUCACUCCUACGCAAAUUGAAGCCAUUCGGGCUGGGAUGCAACCAGGACUCACCAUGGUUGUUGGGCCGCCAGGUACCGGAAAGACAGAUGUUGCUGUUCAGAUCAUCUCAAACCUCUAUCACAACUUUCCUGAGCAAAGGACCCUCAUAGUGACACACUCGAAUCAGGCUUUGAACCAGCUGUUUGAAAAGAUCAUGGCUCUAGACAUCGAUGAGCGCCACCUCCUGCGUCUUGGCCACGGAGAAGAGGAGCUGGAGACUGAGAAGGACUUCAGCAGAUACGGCAGGGUAAACUAUGUCCUAGCCAGACGACUAGAGCUCCUCAGAGAGGUGGGGAGGUUACAGGAGAGCUUGGAUGUCCCUGGAGAUGUUUCUUACACCUGUGAGACAGCUGGACACUUCUACCUCUAUCAGGUGAUAUCUCGCUGGGAAGAGUACAUGAGUAAAGUACGGCCCAAACAGGGAAAGGAAGUGGAGGUGGAAGCUGUAGCUGCACACUUUCCCUUCCACAAGUACUUCUCCAACGCCCCCCAGCCCGUGUUCAAGGGCCGCUCAUACGAAGAGGACAUGGACAUCGCAGAGGGCUGCUACCGCCACAUUAAGAAAAUAUUUACCCAGCUGGAGGAAUUUCGGGCCUUUGAACUGCUGAGGAGUGGACUGGACCGCUCCAAGUAUCUGCUUGUCAAGGAAGCCAAAAUCAUUGCAAUGACCUGCACGCAUGCUGCUCUCAAACGUCAUGACCUGGUCGAGCUGGGAUUUAAGUACGACAACAUCCUGAUGGAGGAAGCUGCUCAGAUUCUGGAGAUCGAGACCUUCAUCCCUCUCCUGUUGCAGAACCCAGAGGAUGGCUACAGCAGGCUGAAGCGUUGGAUCAUGAUUGGAGACCACCACCAGUUGCCACCUGUUAUCAAGAACAUGGCCUUCCAGAAGUACUCCAACAUGGAGCAGUCUCUCUUCACCCGAUUUGUGCGCCUGGGAGUACCCACCAUAGAUCUGGAUGCACAAGGCCGUGCACGUGCAAGCUUGUGUAACCUGUACAACUGGCGCUACAAACACCUUGGGAACCUACCUCACGUACAGCAACUGCCUGAAUUUCAGGUGCCCAACCCUGGCCUGACCUUUGACUUCCAGCUAAUUAACGUGGAGGACUUCAAUGGGGUGGGAGAAUCCGAGCCCAACCCUUACUUCUACCAGAACCUGGCAGAGGCAGAGUAUUCCGUGGCUUUGUACAUGUACAUGCGUCUGCUGGGCUACCCUUCUGACCGCAUCAGUAUCCUCACCACCUACAAUGGGCAGAAACACCUGAUCAGAGACGUCAUCAACCAGCGUUGUGCUGGCAACCCCUUCUUUGGUCAGCCUAACAAGGUGACUACGGUGGACAGGUUCCAGGGUCAGCAAAACGACUACAUCAUCCUCUCACUAGUCCGCACCAAAGCCGUGGGACACCUGAGGGAUGUGAGGCGUCUGGUAGUAGCCAUGUCAAGAGCCAGGCUGGGUCUCUACAUCUUUGCCAGGGUUUCGCUGUUCCAGAACUGCUUCGAGCUGACUCCCGCCUUCAACCAGCUCACUGCCAGACCUCUGCAGCUGCACAUCCGACCGCACGAGUACUACAGCCAAGAGCAGCCUAGAGAUGCAUCUGGACAGCCAGACCAAAUCAUCAAGAACAUGCCAGAGAUGGCAAACCUGGUGUACAAUAUGUACAUGCACAUGAUCCAGACCUCCCAGAAGUACAGACAGCAGCAACAGCAGAAAAUGGCUCUGCCUCCACAACAAAGCAAGACAGAUAAGGUGGCCGAGAAAGCGCCUGCCAAUACUGAGGAGCCGCAGGAAGAAACCCCCAUGGAGCAGGAAACCCCAGAAGGAGAGGCAAGUGCGGAGCCAACCUCGGAGGACACCGGCGAAGAGAAAGGAAGUCCAGAUGAAGCCGAACAUGCCAAGAUGCCCGAGCAUCCGGGCAGAGACAGCGACAGUGACGGGGAGGACAGUGGAGGAGAGCAGGAGCAGUAGUGUCCACAUACAGUAUGUCUACUGUCUAAUUAUUAAGGGGACCAAGUGGACCGUCCCUCGAGAACAGAUCUGUGAUGCUGAAUUUGUUCCCAGUGAUAAUGUUUCUCUUUUUCUAGAAAAUGUGAUUUUGUAACCAUCAGUACUUUUUUAUUAAAACAAAUGAAAAUCCCUCA